UAGUCAAUGCAACUCUCUGCAAGACCCCUCGUUACACACACAGAGAGAGAGAGAGAGAGAGAGACUGUAGACAGAUUGGAAAUGAACCGAAGGAAACUCAAAAUCCUCCUCGCUCUCUUCGCCGUCAACUCGAUCUCCCUCUAUCUCUACUUGUCUACACAGUCGGACCACUUGCGCCACGCUCCGUCGUCAGUAACCGACCAAUCCUCCGCCGGAACGGGCAAAUCCACGCCGGACAGUCACCAGAAUUUCCACGGCAUCGGCAAGCCGUGGCCGAUCUUACCGUCGUAUCUCCCGUGGUCUCAGAACGCUAACGUCUCCGUCAGAUCAUGCGAGGGCUACUUUGGCAACGGCUUCACUCGCCGGAUCGACGUUCUCAAGCCUGCACCGGACAUUGGCCGGAAAUCGGGCUUGGCAGGCGGCAGCGGAGGGUGGUUCAGGUGUUUCUACAGCGAGACGCUGCGGAGUUCGGUAUGCGAAGGGGGGCGAAUUCGGAUGCAUCCGGAGAAGAUCCGGAUGUCGGUUGGAGGAGAGAAGUUGGAGGCGGUGAUCGGGAGGGGAGAGGACGAUGAGCUCCCGAUGUUCGAAUCGGGAGCCUUUGAUGUUGAGGCCGUGGGUAGACCGAGUCGCGGAUGGAAGCUUGUGGAUGGAGAGUUUCUGGAUCGGUACAUGCAGUAUGGUGCGAUUUCGAAGCACACAAUGCGGUUUUUGGUCGACUCGAUUCGGUUAGUUGGUGCUAGUGACUUCCAGUGCUCUGAGUGGAUUGAAGAGCCAACACUUCUUGUCACUCGCUUUGAAUAUGCUAAUCUUUUCCACACAGUUACAGAUUGGUACAGUGCAUAUGUGGCGUCCAGAGUUACUGGCUUGCCUUAUAGACCUAAUUUGGUUUUUAUUGAUGGCCAUUGUGAGGCACCCUUGGAAGAAACAUGGAGGGCAUUGUUUUCAAACCUCAGAUAUGCCAAAAACUUUAGUGGUCCAGUCUGUUUUCGCCAUGCUAUCCUCUCACCUUUGGGAUAUGAAACUGCCCUAUUUAAGGGGCUGUCUGAAAAUGUAAAUUGUCAUGGAACACCUGCACACGAUUUGUGGCAAGAGCCCAAUGAUCAGAAAACUGCACGACUAUCUGAAUUUGGAGAGAUGAUUAGAGCAGCUUUUGGAUUUCCAGUAGAUAGACACCGCACCUCAAAGCCAGUCACAGGUCACAAUGUACUUUUUGUUAGACGUGAGGAUUAUUUAGCUCAUCCACGACAUGGUGGAAAAAUUCAGUCAAGGCUUAGCAAUGAACAAGAAGUGUUUGAUGCUUUAAAGGGCUGGGCGGUAAAUCAUUCUGAAUGUAAAGUAAACCUGAUCAAUGGGCUAUUUGCACACAUGUCAAUGAAAGAGCAAGUACGAGCCAUUCAAGAUGCUUCAGUCAUUAUUGGUGCUCAUGGUGCAGGUCUAACUCACAUAGUUUCUGCAACACCAAAAACAGUGAUUCUAGAAAUCAUUAGCAGUGAAUAUAGGCGACCACAUUUUGCUUUGAUUUCCCAGUGGAAAGGGUUGGAAUAUCAUCCCAUGUAUCUUCCUGGAUCAACUGCCAUUCCUUCAGCGGUUAUUGAGAAGCUUAGCAGCAUAUUGAAAAGUCUUGGAUGCUAAGAGUAUAUAUUGUUUGGAUAGAUAACCUUAAUCCUGAUUGCUGGGAAGUAAAGGUUUGAUCACACGAAAUCCUGUUCACUUUCAGAAUCUGACAUAGGAGCUCACGCAUUUGUAUCUAACUUCACGAGAACGGUUAGUGCUUUUAUGCUAUUCUACACGAUUUUAACCAGCUAUCUUAUUGAAGAUGGGGAAAACAAAAGCUCUUGUAGAAAGACCCGAUAUUUGUAAUCAGGAAUGAUGUGGGAGUGCAGCAACCGGGUGGCCGGUGAAGGCACGAAGAGCUUGGUGGUUAAAUCAUCUGGCUGAUUACCCAACCAUUUGGAAGCCCAGCAAGUGAGAGGUGGAUGGAUUAGAACUCAGGAGAGAGUAAACUUUUAUGAACAUUCAUUUUCCUUUUUUGGUGGGUCUCAAUUAUUUCCACAUUUGUCGAGGACACAGCCUAGGAGUUAUGAUCUAUGAAACCAAUUGUUGCUGGUCUUCCUAGUUUACCGGAAAAAUCAAUCAAUUAAUUGAAUAACAAGAGUAUUACGAUGUUGUUUGUUUGAUGUAAGGGGUAAAUUUAUGAGUAUAAGUUGUUGAUUAGAUGUAAGGUGUAAUCCUUUGAGUCCAACUUGUUGGUUUAGCCUUGAAUUUUCCCAGUCUCCCAUGACUUUCCCUUGCUCUUUAUAGCUGAAUCAGAAUCAUUAUUUAUUUAUUCAUUCCA